UUUCUUAAUCUUACAACCCCCAAAUUUUUUAGCUGUGACAUUUUCCAACUUAAUUCUCAAUUUUAAAAUUGAAUUUGAUUUACUCUUUUUUAUACAAAAAUCUUUGCCUGAAAAAAGGCUCUCGAAAAUUGUUUUCCCAAUAAAAGCGAAGAUUGGUGAAGUCAAAAAUUAAACCAAGGAUGGCACACCAAAUGGAGCUGCUUCCUGAAACGGGCGCAGAUAACCAAGAGGGAGAGGUGAAAAUAAUUGCUGUUGAAAAGGCGAACAAACCCAUCAACACACGGUUCAGUGGCAAAGUCGAUUACGAUAUGGUGCUUGUCAUGUUCAGGGAGAGCUUUUUAAAAAAAUGGGAAGCAAUGAAGCCUUCGCCGGAUACAGGUCUACAAGGUUUCGAUGAAAUAGCCACCAUUGGUUCGGGUUCUUUCGGCCGGGUGAAAUUAGUGCGCGAGAAGAACUCCGGCAAUUACUAUGCAGCCAAAUUGGUGUUGAAGGAGAUGGUUGUGAAGACGAAGCAAGUGCCGCAUAUAUUCAACGAGAAGCGCGUGCUGAUGAGCAUUGACUUUCCGUAUGUGGUUAUGAUGGAUUUUUGUCGCAAGGAUUACGACAAUUUAAUUUUCGGCCUCCCCUUCAUCAACGGCGGCGAACUCUUCACUUAUCAUCGCAAAGUGCGUAAAUUCUCUGAGAAGCAAGCGCGUUUCUAUGGCGCUCAAGUGUUGUUAGGCUUGGAAUAUUUACAUAACUUACAAUUGCUUUAUCGCGAUUUAAAGCCGGAGAAUAUUUUGAUUGAUAAAAAGGGUUAUUUGAAAAUAACGGAUUUUGGUUUUGCAAAGCGCGUGGAAACACGCACCCUAACCCUGUGCGGUACACCCGAGUAUCUGGCGCCUGAGCUGAUCAAAUCGAAGCCGUACUCAACCAGUGUGGAUUGGUGGGCGUUUGGGGUAUUGAUUUUCGAAUUUGUUGCUGGUAAUUCACCAUUUGCGGAAUACAAUCGCGACGUGAUGAUGAUGUAUGGCAAAAUUUGUGACGGCGCAUAUAAAAUGCCAGCCGCCUUUCCGCCAAUGCUGAAGGAUUUGGUGACGCGUCUGCUGGUGGUGGAUCCCUCAAAGCGACUCGGUUGUUUGUCGAAUGCCACAAAGGAUAUCAAGAACCAUGAUUGGUUUAAAGGCGUUGAUUGGUAUGGCCUGCUUAAUCAACAAAUACAACCACCAUAUGUGCCGGUGAUCUCAAAUAUGGAGGAUCUGUCGAAUUUCGAUAAAUAUCCGGAUGAUAAAAAGACGACGGUAAAGUCCAAAACAAAUAAAUAUCCCGAAAUUUUCGCUGAGUUUUAAUUUUUAUUUCUGUUUUGUUAAUAUAUUUAUUUAAU